UUUCAUUUAAAUUUUAUUUAAACAUCAAUUUUACAUUUGAAUAAUUAAGUAACGAGUCCAUAUUAUUUCAUUUUUAAAUUCAAAGUGACUUGUGCGGUUUUUGUAUUUAUUUAUUUUUAAAUACUCAGUGAAGUUUAUUAAAAAGUGAAUGAUAGAUUCAACUAUGGAAGUGUCGGAAACGUCUGUAAAUGACAAUGAUGUUGAUCAAAAAAUGGAAAAUAAUAAUGAUAACAAUAAUGAGGAUAAUAAUGAUGAAGACGAUGAUAGUGAAAAGUUAGAAAUGGUACAGGACGUCAAAGAAGAUGUUGAUGUUAAAAUUGAACCUAAAGAAACGGUACUCGAUGAAGAUGGUUCGACAGUUGAAGAAACUUAUGAAAUUACAACUACUAGACGUAAAACUACAACUACUACAUACAAAAUCCAGGAAACUUCAGCGUCACACAAAACGACGACGAUGACAACAGCCGCUAAAUUAUAUGGCAAAGAUUUGAGUGAAUAUGAUGAUGUUGACGUUGAUGAACUUUUAUCUCAGUUAACGCCAGAGGAAAUAAAUAUUUUAGCUAAAGAAGUUGAUCCUGAUGAUAGUUUUAUGCCACCAUCACAAAGAUGUAGUUACGAGUGCGACAAAACCCCAACGGGUCCACUAAACCGUAAAAAAUUAAUUGAACACAUCAAUAAACAAGCACUUGAAACUCCCGAUAUCCCUGAAUUGAAACCAUACGUACCUGGUAUCGUUCGUGGUAAAAAGUGGGUACCACCACCAAAAGAAAAUCUCAAAGAAAAAGAAGCUGACGAACAAAUAUCAAUAGAUUUAGGUGACGAGUAUGAGCAAGCAUUGUCAUCAGCAACACAAGAUGAAAUAAUUGAUUUAGCUGCUAUCCUUGGAUUUCAUUCAAUGAUGAACCAAGAUCAAUACCACGCGUCUCUUUUGAAUUCCGGCCAGCCAGUUGGUCUAGGUUGGGACGGUAUUACUAAAGCGAGCCAGCCUAAAGUAUUUCCUAUGGACCCACCAAAUGACACUGAUGUUGAUCAAUCAAUAAAACAAGUUCAGAAUAAUGAUAUUAAUCUUAUUGAUCUUAAUUUAAAUAAUAUUAAAAAUAUAUCUGACGAACAAUUCUUCAAAUUAUUUGAAGCACUAGAAGGUAAUACACAUUUGGAGUCAUUGAGUUUAACGAAUGUCUGUCUGACUGAUCGGACCGCACAAAGAUUAGCCGAAGCGAUGGAAAAAAAUUCGACAUUAAGAAUAUUAAAUGUGGAGACUAAUUUUAUCAGUCCAACAGUGAUGGUCAGGCUCAUUCGAGCAUUACUAAAGACACAAUCUAUUGAAGAAUUCCGUUGUUCGAAUCAGAGAUCGCAAGUGUUGGGUAAUAAAAUAGAAAUGGAAAUAACACAACUGGUUGAACAAAAUCCAACUUUAUUACGAUUGGGUUUACAUCUUGAAUUUAAUGACGCGAGACAUCGUGUCGCUGCACACUUACAGCGUAACAUCGAUAGGAUACGAAAAUCCCGUCUCGAAGGAUCAUCUGAGAUCAACGACAUGUCUCGAUCAUCAAUGACAAAGGAUUCGCACAAAAAUUCAAGUUACAACAACAAAGAAUCAACCGGAAAAUCAUCAACCAACCAUGAGGAUCAUCACGAACGAUAAAUAUUUAAAAUAAAAAUUUCACAUUAUUACUCUUUAUUUAAGAAACCUCACACAAAUUAAAUCAUUUAUAACUCAAAGAAAUGCCCAAAUGUUAUUAAUUAUUAAUUACUCCACAAGCUAAUCACGCAAAAGUUUAAACUCUACCAAAUAAAAUUUUUUACUCACUAUAAUAAUUAUAAAAAAAAAAUCGUGCAAAAAAAAUGGUCGUUUUAAAAACAAAUAAAAUCCUUUUAUAUUAUUUAAAAAACAAUUAAGACAUGUCAUUUACUAAUUAUUCUAUUGAACUUUUAUUAUAAUUAUUAUAUUAAUAAUAAUAAUGACUAUUAAUAUAUAAAUAAAGUAUUUAAUCAUUAAAUAUUAAUGAAAAAGUUUAUUAUUAGCGCUGCUAUUUA